AGAAUGUUCAGAUUACCGGCAGCUUGGGCAAAAUCGACAGUGAGGAGUUUUUCGAGCUUUGGAAAGGUUGAUGAAAGAAUAGUGUCACUUAUUAGCGGGAUCGUGGGACCUGGAAAUAUUACCACCUCGGAAUCAGCCAGGAAUCUGCAUGGAACAGACGAGUCAUUCCACCCUACCCGUGCACCAGACGCUGUCGUGACCCCCCUCACUACACCUCACGUAUCUGAGAUCAUGAAGAUUUGUCACAGUCACAGAAUACCUGUCAUACCAUUCGGCACCGGCACAGGUUUUGAAGGAGGGGUUGGUGCAGUGUAUGGAGGUCUGUGUAUAGCAAUGCACAAAAUGACUGAAAUAGUAGAGGUAAACCAGUCUGAUUUUGACGCUACUGUGAGAGGUGGUGUUACUCGUCACCAGCUGAACGACUGGAUAAGAGCUGACGGCCUUCAUUUCCCUAUUGAUCCUGGAGCAGGAGCGUCAGUAUGUGGAAUGUGCUCGACGAGUGCAAGUGGAACAAACGCAGUUAGGUACGGUACCAUGAGAGAGAAUGUGCUGAAUAUGGAGGUGGUUCUUGCAGAUGGCACUGUUGUGCACACGGCAGGUGAGGGGCGCAGACCGAAGAAGACAAGCUGCGGCUAUAAUCUGACUAAUCUGUUCGUUGGUUCCGAGGGAACCUUAGGGGUGAUAACACAAGCUACAGUCCGUCUACACGGUAUUCCUGAAGCGACAGCUGCAGCCAUUUCCUCUUUCGACACAGUGCAGAACGCAGUGGACACUGUGGUACAGAUCCUGCAGUGUGGCCUGCCCAUGGCUCGGAUAGAAUACCUUAAUGUUGACAUGAUCAGAGCUUGUAAUCAGUUUAGCAACCUCGACUUGAAGGAAGCUCCCACUCUGUUUUUAGAGUUUAUUGGAUCACCGUCAGGAGUAGAAGAGCAGGCGAUGUUAGCAGAGGAGUUGUGUGUAGGAAACGGAGGAGAGAACUUUAGCUGGGCCACAGAGCACUCCGAGCGGGAGCGGUUGUGGAAAGCACGGCACAACUGCUGGUACGCCAUCAAGGCGACGUACCCCGGCAAGCACGCGUACAGUACCGACGUGGUGGUACCCGUGUCUCACUUACCUGAGACAGUACUUUAUUGUCACAGUUUGGCCGAGGAAAUGGAGGUUCCUUGCCCUAUUGUUGGCCAUGUUGGCGACGGCAACUUUCACUGCUUCCUUCUUAGUGAUCAGAACAAUGAUGCCGAGAUGGCUCGUAUUAAGGACUUCAGCCGCAGACUGGCCCUUACAGCCCAGUCAUAUGGUGGCAGCUGUACGGGGGAACAUGGGAUCGGGCUUGGGAAAAGGGAAUUAUUAAUCAAAGAGGUUGGAGCUGGAGCGUACGAUACCAUGAAAGUUGUUAAAAAGUCUCUGGAUCCACUGCUGAUCAUGAAUCCAGGGAAAGUCAUUGAUUUGGAUCACCUUUUAUAGACUGAAAAAUGAGAGCCGCUUCUACAAAAUGUGAGAAUUUUAUUGUAGGCUGUUUGACAAUUGUUAUGAAACAAAUUAAUUUUUAAUGUUUUAGCUUAAAUUUGAGAUGUUUAAUGUUUAUACAAUAUUUAUACAGUAUUCCGAUUACGUCAAUUGAAUUAUUACUAAACUCUGUGCCCACAUCUAGAAAGUUUUAAAUUUCCUCGCAGUCCAAUGUUUCCCCCUAAAAAUUCCCUUAUGACCUAAAACAUAUUUAUAACGAAAAAAAAGGUCAGUGUGUCAAAGAUUUCCUCUUUGGCACCAAAUUUCCUAGAAAAUCCAAAAUUUUCUCGCAGAUCAUCUACCAAUAUGCUGUAUUUCUUGAUGUAGGACUCACUGUUACUGAUUACUAUCGUAAUCUUAUCCGAUUUCGGUUUCCAAACUGGAAAGAGUUUCCUUGUCAUUUUCGUCAUUCCCAGAAUUGCAAAUGGCGAAAUUGGUAGUGGUUCCCAGAUACAUUUUUUUAUGUUAAAAAUUAUUCGAGACAUUAACAUUAUGUUCAAAAUGGUGCUUCUUUCUCACAACGUCUUGUUUUUCAAUUUUGCACAGAUUGAGUAGAUAUAUUAAUCAGAUUAAUGUAAUUAUGAUUCUUGAUGGUUUAAUGAUUU